AACAUGUAAACAACAAACGUUAGUGUUAGACCCCGUCACUCACAGUCAUCGUCUCCAUGAAAAUGCAACAACUUGAGAAGACAAUCGCCUCCAUCUCCGACAAGACAACAUUAACAUUCUCAAAACUAUAAACUCAACUCACUGAGUCAGUGACACUGCCCAUUACCUCAAAACCCCACUUUUUUUUUUUCCCGAAUGAUCCAUGUCAUGCCAAAGCACUCAUCAUUUCCCACAAACCUUCUUCGAACAACUCUCCAUCGCUAUUUCUCCCAAACCCUAAUUACACUCCCCUCUUAUUCUUCCUCUUCCCAUAAACCCCACCCUUCAUCUGAAAUCUUCAAAUCAGGUACCCAAAUGGGUUCUUACAAAUUGGGCGAUUUGUCUUUCUAUUCCCUCAUUGAAAGCCACGCCUCUUCCCUCGAUUUUCGGUCCCUGGAAGAGGUGCUUCAUCAAAUGAAGCGCGAAAGGAGGGUAUUUUUAGAGAAGAAUUUCAUUGUUAUGUUCAAAGCUUAUGGGAAGGCCCAUUUGCCUGAGAAAGCUGUGGACUUGUUUCACAGAAUGUGGGGUGAGUUUCAGUGCAAACAAACCGUGAAAUCAUUCAAUUCUGUUCUCAAUGUGAUUGUUCAAGAGGGUCUUUUCAAUCGUGCAUUGGAGUUUUACAAUCAUGUUGUUGCAUCCAAGAGUUUGAACAUUCACCCUAAUGCACUCACUUUUAAUUUGGUCAUUAAGGCCAUGUGUAGGCUUGGUUUGGUUGAUAAAGCAAUUGAGGUUUUUAGAGAGAUUCCACUCAGGAAUUGUGCUCCGGAUAAUUAUACCUAUUCGACAUUGAUGCAUGGGUUGUGCAAGGAAGAGAGAAUUGAUGAGGCGGUUUCGUUGUUGGACGAAAUGCAGGUUGAGGGGACCUUCCCGAACCUGGUUGCGUUUAAUGUGUUGAUCAGUGCGUUGUGCAAGAAGGGUGACUUGGGGCGCGCUGCCAAGCUGGUUGAUAAUAUGUUUCUGAAGGGUUGUGUCCCGAAUGAAGUUACGUACAAUGCCCUUGUUCAUGGGUUGUGCCUCAAGGGGAAGUUGGAGAAGGCGGUGAGUCUGUUGAAUCAGAUGGUGUCAAAUAAGUGUGUGCCUAAUGAUGUUACUUUUGGAACACUUAUUAAUGGGUUUGUUAUGCAAGGUAGAGCAUCUGAUGGAACUCGUGUGUUGGUUUCCUUAGAGGCAAGAGGUCAUCGGGGGAAUGAGUAUGUAUACUCAUCCCUUAUUAGCGGCCUGUGCAAGGAGGGAAAAUUCAAUCAGGCAAUGGAGUUGUGGAAGGAAAUGGUUGGAAAAGGAUGUGGACCAAAUACCAUAGUUUAUAGUGCUCUUAUAGAUGGUCUUUGCCGAGAAGGGAAGCUGGAUGAAGCAAGGGGGUUCUUAUCUGAAAUGAAGAAUAAAGGUUACUUGCCCAAUUCUUUCACUUACAGCUCCCUAAUGAGGGGUUAUUUUGAAGCAGGUGAUAGCCAUAAAGCUAUUCUUGUUUGGAAAGAGAUGGCAAACAAUAAUUGUAUUCAUAAUGAGGUUUGUUACAGUAUACUCAUUAAUGGCUUGUGCAAGGAUGGGAAGUUUAUGGAGGCCUUAAUGGUGUGGAAGCAAAUGCUGAGUAGAGGAAUUAAAUUAGAUGUUGUGGCUUACAGUUCAAUGAUUCAUGGCUUCUGUAAUGCAAACUUAGUAGAACAGGGACUGAAACUUUUCAAUCAGAUGCUUUGUCAAGGGCCAGUGGUACAACCGGAUGUGAUCACAUAUAACAUACUUUUAAAUGCUUUUUGCAUACAGAAGAGCAUCUUUCGUGCCAUUGAUAUUCUAAAUAUUAUGCUAGAUCAAGGUUGUGAUCCUGAUUUUAUUACGUGCGACAUUUUCUUGAAAACUUUAAGAGAAAAUAUGAACCCACCUCAAGAUGGGAGGGAGUUUCUAGAUGAGCUUGUAGUCCGGUUAGUUAAGCGACAGAGAACAAUAGGUGCUUCCAAAAUUAUAGAAGUGAUGAUGCAUAAAUUUUUGCUGCCAAAAGCUUCUACUUGGGCCAUGGUUGUUCAACAGGUCUGCAAACCAAAGAAUGUUCGAAAGGCCAUCAGUGAAUGUUGGAGCAGGCUAAGUUGCUGAUGUCUUGUAAGAUGUGUUGUUCAGGUGACAAGUGAGCCAAACAGGUGACAAAUUGCAUUUGUGGAAGGAAAAUGAUAGUCAAUGAUAUGAUCAACUAGUGAACUGAUUUGCUGCUAGAUGCCAAUGAGCAGAAGUGCAAUUUUCUUAUUUGGGCAUGCACAGACUGCAGAGUCCAUACAUGGCUUUAUCCUAAAUGAAAAGGAAGAGAAUGAAAGGCUCAUUUUCUGAUAAUAGUUAUCCAUCAGACCUAGAAUUAUUCAUCCUUCCAUGAACGACAUUUCUUAGCGAUGUUAACCAGGCUUGAAGCUGAAAUGCUGAAUAUUGAUUUAGUAACCCUUUUCAUUAAAAACCUAAAUCUAUUUUCAGUUAUUUCUGUAGAAUUGUUUAUUGCUGAUUGUAGCACCUUGCAUAGGAUAUCAUCUAUGCGGUCUGAAAAAAAAGUGCAAGUAUAAAUUAAUUAAAACAUCAUUCUGCUUCUUAGGACUACCAGUGUGAGAGGUGCUUCUUAUGUCUGGUGUAGCAUUGUGAAAUCUGUUGACAAGCUUCGGGAUGGUUUUGGUCCUUGUUUAGGUGUGGGGCAGUCCUUGAUCCUUCUGGUUCUCCAAUUGGUUAGGUUCUUGGCCUAUUUGUCUAGAUGUGAAUUUUGUGCAUAUUGAAGAUGCCCACUUGACUAUAUCUGAAGUUAGGGAGAAUGUACAAAGGAAUUUGGCAAAGCUGCGCGCUCCACUUCCAGAGAAUUUAGCAUUAUGGGUUACAGAAAAUGGCAUUGUGGUCUGGCUAGGCUUUUGAUGAGGCUCUCCCAACCAACUGUAAAAAACAUGCGUGGCACUUGGGAAUGCAUUCAGCGUGUACUUGAUGCUCAUCUCACAGGGAGGAUGUUUGCAUGAUUCUCCCCACAGAAAGGAGUUAUGGAUGCGGAUGAAUGUUGCCUCACACACAGGUUACUCACCUGUUCUAUCUUGUAGGAUUGGCUUUUCACGAAUUUUUCCCCCAAAAAUAUACAUCAGUAGCUGGCAAUUUUUAUGGUGGGACUGGAAGUGGUGAAAUAAUAUGAUCUUCUCUGACAAUGCUUGGACGAUAAUGUUUGUUUGUAGAAUGUUUCAGCAUACUAUUUUUUAUUUCCAGCGUUCCUUUCUGUGUUAGGAAUGUUAAUACACAGAUUAGCUGAGCUGUUUGAUACUGUCGCAGAUCAACUUGCACAUUUUAGCAGGGGACAAGUGCUGCAGCAGUACAAUUUUACUCUGCCUCCUUUGGAGCUUAUGAAUGCACUCCAAUGUGACUUAUCUGUACACAUUUAAUUUUUUUUGUUCUGCUUUUGACUUUCUCCAAUGUACCAUAAAAACAUCAUUCUGCUAUACUAAUUCAUUUAUUCUGUUUUUA